UGUUAUUUUGUGGUCGCGGCUUUAUUAAGAGCAGUUAAAUUGUUUUGUAUGUGACACAACGUUUUUUUGCGUGUUACUGUCAUGGCGAGUAUAGCUUUUAAUUGUGAGCACGGUCUUCUAAAUCAGUUCGUGAAUACUGGUAGAGCGAGUUACUGUUACGGCAAUAUCCCGACUCGGCUUCAAUGGCCGGGUCGAGUGAGUGUUUGUUGGGGAUCGAUCAGAUGUCGGAAGUGUUUGAUUAGUUGGUUACACGCCAGCUUGACACGGGCGUGGAUAGAUAACGUAAAAAUACAGGUCGUUGGACGGCGUCUGUGUCCACUGGGAUCAUUUCAGAAAGUCAGAUGACGACGUUUUUAAUGUUUGUUGUAAUUUAGGUAUUUGCCUUGAACAGUUCGUAGUCACUGUGUAGUUAAUGUGCAUGUUUUUAGAAACCCCUGCAUAACCUGCAGUAUGGAGCCUGUUGUACUGAACCGGCCCCUGUGGCCUAAUUUAAAAUGUUAUACAUUCAUUCCGAUAGCCAUUAAAGAUUAAUGAUUUCAGCCCACAGUUUGGAGACUAAUUGCUAGGUUUCUUAAAAAGCACUGAUUAUCUCUAACAUUUUAAGACUGGUCUGCCUUCAUUGUUAAGUUUCCUUAAUAGAAUAAAUUGAUUUAUAAUGGAUCCCAAGUUGAGCUUUCUCAACUUAAUUCUACAUUUGAGCAAUGGUACAGUUUUGUCAGUAAUUACAUACAAAUGAGGAACAGGAUCUUCACUGGAGUGAAAGCUGACAUAUGGAGGAAAAUGUUUCCCUCUGUCUGCAAGAUUUUUGCAAGAUUUCGGUUCCUCCUUGCGAUACUGGCAUUAAAUAGCAUCACAAUAAAAGAAGGAUGUGGAGCUGAAGGAUAAUGUUUACCUGUGGGGAAGUUAAGUAUGGUUCUGCUGGUGAUGACUGCAUCCUUAUCAAUCUGAAAACUGUGGGCUUGCUGCACUACAGCUGUUUGAGGGCUAUUAUUUACUCAUCCCGAAGGUGCUCUUACCUGAGGAGCAGAUAUAUCAGCCCUUUUUCAGAAAUGGAGACAUUCCUAAAGUUUGGCAGCAUGUAUCAAAUUGUGCCGGUGGCUCCUGGGGAGCAGCAGAUGGCUGGGGGACCCGGAGGCUCUCCACUUAAGAAGAAACUUUCUCAUGAAGGUCGGCCACUGGUGAUGGCAAGUAUGUUGGGCUUUGGGCUGGUGCUAGCUGCUGUGGUCGCCUGGUGCUAUUACUCAGUGUCGCUUCUUAAAGCCCAGUUGUUCACGACAGCGUUGUUAGACCUGAACAAGGAUGGUUUUAUUAUUCACAACCAAGCUGGGGCUGUUGUCUUCACUAUGACAUUCAGGUCUGGCACUCUGGAUCUGGACUCUUGCUCAAAGGAGGGAGAUAUUUUGAGCUGCACUCAGUCGGAUUCUGGCAAGCUCAACUUUUUUAUCCAAACAGUUCGUCCAAAGGACACUGUGAUCUGUUAUCGGGUUCGCUGGGAGGAGCUGCAGAAUAAGCACUUGGUAGAGCAUGUCAUGGCCUAUAAUGACUCUCAUUGGUAUGGAGGGGCAGAGACGGCAACACAGUACUGGCCUAUCAGAUUUCAGGGAGAAGAGGAACCACGACCUUUCAUCACAAGUGACGUCUACUCCAAUCGAAAUGCUUUUGGAGGAAUUCUAGAGCGGUACUGGCUGUCAUCAAAUGCAACUGCCAUUAAGAUUAAUGACUCAGUACCGUUUCAUUUGGGCUGGUCAGAGAAGAACAGGACACUGAGGUUCCAGGCCCGGUACCAGGACUCUCCCUUCAGACCACUAGAAAGACAGCAGACCUUUCCUGAACUCAGUUAUAGAGUCUGUGUGGGGUCAGAUGUCACCUCUAUUCACAAGUACAUGGUGCGCCGGUAUUUCACAAAGCCUAUCAAAGUCCCAUCUGCUGAUUUGUUCAAAAAACCAGUGUGGUCCACAUGGGCUAUCUACAAGACUGCUGUAACUCAGGAGAAGCUGCUGCGCUAUGCCGCUGACAUCACUAGGCAUGGCUUCAACUGCUCCCAUCUGGAGCUGGAUGACCGCUACACAGCAGAUUACGGAGAGUUUGACUUUGAUCCGCAGAAGUUCCCCAAUGCAAGUGGCAUGUUUGACAAACUAAGAGAGAGCGGCUUUCAAGUUACACUCUGGACGCACCCUUUUAUCAACUAUGACUCCAUAAAUUUUGGUGCAGCUGUGGAGAAAGAUCUAUUUGUCCGUGAGCCAGGCGGUGAACUGCCCGCUCUGGUUCGCUGGUGGAACGGGAUUGGAGGAAUCUUGGACUUCACAAACCCAGACGCUCGUGAAUGGUAUUCCUCAAACUUGCACAUGCUCAAAAGUCGCUAUGGGGUGACCUCCUUCAAGUUUGAUGCAGGAGAAACGAGCUACCUGCCCCGUCAGUUUAGUACCCUGGGCCCACUGUCAAACCCUUCCACCUUCACCCGCCGCUACACAGAGAUGGCUAUACCAUUUAUGGAGCAUGCUGAGCUAAGGGUUGGUUACCAGAGUCAGAACAUCUCCUGCUUCUUCAGGAUCAUUGACAGGGACUCGGUGUGGGGUUACGAGCUCGGCCUCAAGUCCAUCAUCCCUACUGUUCUGACUAUAGGCAUUUUGGGUUACCAGUUUGUCUUACCUGAUAUGAUAGGAGGAAAUGCCUACCCGAACCAUACUGCAGGUGGGUUAAAUGGUCUGCCAGACAGAGAACUGUACAUCAGAUGGUUGGAGCUGUCUGCCUUUAUGCCCGCCAUGCAGUUCUCCAUACCUCCAUGGGCUUAUGACAAUGAGGUGGUAAAGAUAGCACAGAAGUUCACAGGGCUCCAUGAAACUCUGGUGGCACCAAAAGUUCUUGAAUUGGCACACGUGGUUCUUGAUACAGGAGACCCAAUCAUAAGGCCCCUCUGGUGGAUUGCCAAUGAUGAUGAGGCUGCCUAUAAGAUCGACUCCCAGUUCCUGAUUGGGGAUGACCUCAUGGUGGCGCCAGUGUUGGAGCCAGGAAAGCAAGAGAGGGAUAUCUACUUGCCUGCAGGACGAUGGAAAAGCUACAAGGGGGAACAUUAUGAUAAAGGUCCCAUGUACCUCACUGAUUACCCUGUGGACCUGGAUGAGAUCGCUUUCUUUACAAGGGUUCUUUGAAGGCAUUAAAGAGUUGAAAACCGGAUUGACACACACGCGCCCGCACACAUUCGUUUGAGCACACAUGCCAAGUAAAAGCAGGGAGGCACCACCAGAAGCUUGAGUUGAGAGUAGAGUGACAUUUUAGUGAAGAUUAACCUCAUGUCUCUUCCAUCCUGCUCUUUGUCAGGACUUCUGCCUGCAGAUUAAAACCCUCCGCCCAAAGAAUUAGAAUUACCUUCUAAUUCUCAUUUUGCAUCCUUAAGCUAAUCCUCAUCCUUGUGUGCCUUUCACAGCCAAUAGAAGAUCCGAUCUGUGAUUGUAUCAUCACCAUUCUUAGCCUUAGUGGCCAUCUAAUACUGCGUUUUUUUUUCUCUCAAUGCCCAAAGCUCUACAGCAAGCAUGGCGGCGGUUUUGGGUUAAUAUUAUUUCCAUUAGCUUAUUAAUAGAAGUAACUGUACCAUUUAGGUACAGGUUCUUUUUGGGGGUGACUGGGUUGGGCAAUAAAAAAAUGCACUCUAGCCAUACUUAAGUCUGUGUUUUUAACUUUUUAAGCUAACAUGCAUUAAUUUGCAUUGCACUGACAUCUACAUUUUACAGUCUUUUGAUUAAUUGCUCUUUAUAUUUAUUAAUUUUUAUUUGUGGAUACUGUUGGGUGUUUUUAAAUAUGCAUGAUUCUGGGGAUGAAUAAAGGGGUGAACAAUAAGCUGCAAAUACUUUUAUGUCAGUAAGUCCCAUAACCUAUAGUGCCAUUAUAUUAUUUUAGUGCCAAAAUCUACUGCUUUAUGCUUUUUAAUAAAAAAGUCUGCACAAGUCAACUUAACUGCUCAGGGUACAUUUAAAAGAUAUUUAUUAUUGAUCCACAGUAAUAUAUUUGUUAUACAUUACUGUGCAUAAGUCUUGCGCCGCUUCUCAUUGUGUUAUUUUAAUUCAAAGGAGCCAAACUUUCUUGCAAUUUUUAAGUGUUUUUUGGGCAAUAGUUGUCCAGGCUUGUCUGAAGGUGUUUCAGAUUUUCAGCCCAUGUCAUGUAGCUGACUAUUUUUUAGAUGAGUGUUUAUUGUUUGCGAAGCCACUUAACACUGACCUAUGAAUAACUACAGCUUAAAGGAAGACACCUAACACAAGGGAUGAACUACUGUUGUGCUUAUCACAGACAACUUUGUAAGGAACCAAUUUUAAAUUGUAUCUUAGGGACUGUUUUGCUACCAGCCGGUCUCAAAAACAUAUAAAUAUUUCCUUUUUUGUUUUUGUUUUUUAAAGGUGCUUGCAAAGAAAAGCGUCUGGACUUCUUUUUUGAUUUUUUUUAGCUGAAUCAACAAAAAUCCAAGGUUUACACAGUUUGACAGGCAUAAAAUUGUAUUUUUGCACCACCAAGGUUAUAAGAGAAAACUUGGUACAUGGUGUGCGGUGUGUCCUUAAAAACAUUAAGGGAAACUGGGCAAUCGGACAAAAGAAAUUACAGACAUAAAUAGCUGUCGGCAGCGGAUGAACAAUCUCUGUUUCUUAAGUUGUGUCCUUAAGAAAUUUGUGCUUCAUUUCAUCUACUGUUCACUGAGGCCUUAUCAGAAAUGGUCUCAGUAAAAGGGUGGCUGUCAAGAAGCCAUUCUUAAGCAAGAGAAAUGGGGAGAAAAGGCUGAGGUGUGCCUAAUUACAAAAGAAUUGGACUGAAAAUCAGUGGCAAUCUGACGUAGUGAUGAAUAAAAAUUUUUUUUUGGGGGCGAUCAAAUCAUCAACAGUAUUUAUGGAUGAGGUGAAGACAGAGGUACAAUGGCGAGUGUCUACAGCACAGUCAAGUCACUGUCAGGGUUUGGGGAUAUAUUUUAGCCAGUAGUGUUGGGGAUCAGCAGACUACUUAAAGAAAUGACACACAAGCUUACCUAAGAGAGUUCAGGCGGUGUUAAAGAAUAAAGGUGGUCGUACCAAAUACUGACUUUCAAACUUAGUAGAAUCGUACAAACUCUGUUUUUGCCUUAUUUGUUGGUUUUUCUCUGUAUGUUUGCAAAUUUCAAUAAAUUACUGUCCUAUUUCCUAGUCAUAACUUUAAAAUAAAGAGAAAUGAGGGGUGGCUCAAGACUUUUGCACAGUACUCUAUUAUUAUAACUGAUUUACCUUGUAAAACAGUUAUUAUUCUCAAAGAUGCCAUAUAUUAGUGUGCCAUCUAUGUCUGCCUUGUGGCUUCAUUUGCCUUAUUAGCUAAUCUAUGGUAUGCCAACCUUAGCAAAGAGAACCAGAGGGAUAAAACACAUUUCUACAUACAUUGAUGUUUUUGAUGCAAUGUUUCAAAGCAGUGACAUUGCAAAGCGCAUGAAGAGUUUAAAUGUUUGUCUGCUCUUUCAUAGUGAUUGCCAGCAUGAGAGUAAAGCACACCGAGUAAUUUGAAUGCCUUGCUUGAAAAUAAUAAAAACAGCAGUGUUAUUAUAUAUGAAUUUGUCUUGGAAUUACAGCAACUUACAAAUGAUAAAUCCUAUAAAUUGGCCAUGUUUGUUUUUUCCCCUUGCAUUCUUGAUCCUACCACAAGAAAUGUUUAAAUUUUACAUAGAUGGGCUUUUACUGACACAGUACACAGCAGCAUUUCUUCAAAUGAAUAAGUAAACGGAUGCAUACAUAAUUUCGUACUUCUUUUUAGUAACCUUACUUUGUCAUCUUUGUUGUGAAACCAGGAAAGCUUGUGUGAGAUUGUGUGAGAAUCUAACCUAUGUUAAAUAGGUUAGAUUGCAAAAUGUAAAAUAUAACAUGUAUCUAUGAAGGUUUUUAAAAGGACAUUCACUUAAAACACAAUAAGUGGAUUUGGCGAUCACAUACUGUUUGAUGUUUUAGGUGUAAUGGUGAAAUCCUCAACGUGACACAACAGAGAUGUGAAUGUUAAAGGGAAAGUUUUCUGUGUAAAAAAAUUUUGUUGUUGUUCCCCUCCCCCCCCCGUGAUUGAGUGCUUGGCACAAUUAGAAGGUAGACUGCCAAAGAACAAAUAUUUAAUUUUAUUUAUGCAUAUGGUAUAUGUUUGUUUUUUGUGUGACAUCUAGAGAAGUACUGUAUGUAUUGUCAUGAAUGACUUAUGUGUAUUUACCUGCGAUCAGACUAGGUGAAAUUCACCUACCUGACUUUUGCAUCAAUGUUGACUUUUUCAGGUUAUUCAUGUUUAAAGACCUGUUUUUCACAGUUGCAAACACUGUAUAUGCCUGAUGCGUCUCUUAUGAAAGAGUCAUCUCAGUCACAGAGUGAGCACAUCAAAUGGGUGGGAAAAGUGAUUUCUGCACUUGUGGAAAUAACUGUAAAAAGUAAUUAAAUAAGUCUUUAUCAGACAGCUAAAAAAUUAAAUGAUUGAUCUGCUCGCAAUAACGUCUAUUUUUCUGUCCUGUUUUGUUUGUUUUUCUGUUAGAGCUCACAAAAAAAUCUUUCUGCUGUAGUGAUGUGAAUUGCAGAAUCCUAGGAAUUAAACAAUGCAGUAGUUGA